UAGAGUUAUCAUUGUAGAAGUUGGGGGGAAAGAUCAUGCUAUAAUUUUCCGAGAGCAUGGUGAAUUAACUUGUUUUCAUUGUGUAGUAUUCUAGGCAUUUGUUUAAUUAUUUAUGUCUUGUAGCAUGAAGCAAUCCCUGGACACACUCAAAGGUUUUGUUAUUCUUAUAGACUUUAUUACUUUCUCUUUGAUCUGCCUCACUUGUGCUCUGACCUCUGCUUUCAUAUACAGGUUUUUGUGUGUUAUGUGUGGUUAAAUCUCUAUAGUCUAGACAUUUGUUUGAAUGGAUUAAAUUAUUGCUAUGCUUUUCAUGUUGGCUUGCUUGGUUUAUUUGCAGUUCAUCCAUAUUUUGCACUCUUUUUUUUUCUUUUUUUUUUUUUUGGGGGUUUGACUUACUAAGUAUUGCAGCUUUGUAUGAAUUUCCUUUCUCACUGUGCUCUUUCUUUCCCCCUUAAUAAAGAUUUUCGAGGGAGAUUGCAAUUUCAUUGGCCCUGUAAUGGAGUCCGCAGAUGAAUUGUAUGCAGCGGCAGCCAGUCUUGGCACGUAUUUGCAGAUUUUCUAUUCAUCAUCAUUUGAGCUGACAGAUGAAACUAUAUUGAAUUAUAUCAGACACUCCCAGAAUAUAUAUAAAGGGUUACUUUCUAGACUUCCGGAUUCAGAGACACUUGCUGAAUCAUUUUUCACCAAGUUCCCUUCUAUCAAUCCACUCUCAGCACAUGCAAUUAUUUCUAGUGGAUGCAUUCUCUUGGAGUUCCUUGAGUUGACAGUUGAAGGGAGGAUCCAAAUACUCAGAAAAAAUCAUGUGCCGGAGGAAUGUAUCUAUCUUUUUAGUUUCUUGUGCAAAUUCGGGGAGCGGGAGGAAUCCAAGUCUGGACUAACUGACUGUUCAUCCUCUGUAUCAUCUCCUCCUGAUUCAGGAAAAUUUGUCUGCAACAUCAACUCAGAUGAUAGAAAAAGGAAAUUUAAUGCAAGCUCUUGUGAUGCUAUGUAUGACUUCAGAUGUUCUAUGCCAUCCAAACACUAUGCAGAUGAUGAAACGACUGAUCAGGGUUUGUUAAGGCCAUCUGAUCCUAAGGUGUCACAAAGUCCCAGAAUAUGUCUGCAGCAGAAAAUGCCUGAUUUCUUGUUGGAUAGUGAACUGUUUCAUGAAGGAGAAGCAGCUGAUGCUGCCACAAACAUGGGUCCUUCUAAAGCAUGGUGUGAAACAUAUAUCACCGGGGAACCAAAAAUUCGCCGUAAGGAUGAUGGUUUUGCUCGAUCUAGCUUAAUUGUAAAUGAAGGAUUCUCCAGUCAACAGAAAUCAAGUAGGAUAAAAAGCAAACGAGAACAGAGUGCAAGGGACAUACUUCAGGAUUUGCAUGAAGAUUUUGUUGGUGAAGUUGUUAACUUUUAUGACAAAUCUUUAUUUGACGGGGACUUUCAAAUAGAUGAGAAAACUCUAAAGUCCUCUCCAAUGGCCUCUGAGAUUGUAAAAGACCAUGCUCCUAGAUAUAAUAGGACAGCUAGAAGAUUAUCAUUUGGUAACAGUCCUGACCGGAAUGUAACGACAGCUGAUGUGAUGGAUACUAGGUGUAUCUUAGAAGAUAGUAGACAGUUGAGGGACAUUAAUAGUUUUAAUGGUGUAGAAUAUAACUGGAGCAAUGACAUAUGCAAAGCUCCACAGAAGCAGCAGCAGACGGCUAAAAUUACACAGGAAAAAUCUAUGCAAAAUUUUAGUGGCCAACUCUCAAAGGGGAAAACUGUACCCCCCUAUGGUGAAACACCACUCUCGAAAGCUGUUCAUUCAGGAAAAUUGCAACAAGGGUCACCUUGGACAAUAGAGUUUCUCAACCGUAUUAAGGAAAAGAGAAAAUUACGUCAACAGAAUCAGCCAAAUGCUUCUGUUCCACGCACUGGCUAUCAUGGGGAUAUUACUAAAUCCACUAAGAGAAGAAGCCCGUCCAUUCUUGAAUACUACAAAUAUCAAGGUGACAGCAUGCCUAGGAAGAUGGCAGGGCAGAAAAUGCAAAAGCAACAUGCUCAGCUGCGCAAUGAGAGGUCUCAAGGAUUUCGUCCAAUUUGUACACCAAUUGACAAGAGAGCUAGACGGAGUUUAUCUUUUGCAACAAGUGGAACUGGGAGCCAAACUAAGCUUGUUUGGAGUGACAAUCUCUUUUUCAGUCAGGACAGCAGGUUUUCAAGCUGAGUAUAAUAUAGCUGGAGAGUUGCUGAUUAUGGCAAUGUUUUUAGGUAACAUCAUUUUAUAAUCAUAAGCAAAAAAUCACUGGUUGGUUUUUUUUUUUUUUUUUUUUCCUUUUUAUUAAAUUAGAGUUACAGAAAGUAAUCAUUGAGCAGAUUAGUUAUUGUAUGUGGAUAGCUCUAUCUUAAACUUGUACUAACCACCAUUGAUUGCAAGAGUUCUUCGUGCAUGUCAGGAUAUAUGUUAUACUUUGUGUUUUCAUUUGUAAGUUGUUAUAUCCCAUAU